AAAUUAUAUUUCUAAUUUCACUAAAGACUCUUAAAGAAGGAUGUGGAAUAUAAACGGAAACAUAACAAAUAUUAUUAACAAUAGCAGCAAUGAUAGAAAAAUCAUCACUGUGUGAAGGAAGAGGAAGAGGAGAUAUAAGAUAAACAAUUUGACUGGAGAAAGCUGUUGGCGUCUAAAUAAUUAUGAAAAGAAAGAGACAUUUUGUUUCUUCCUAUCCUUUUCAAACUGCCAUUUACAAUUUUUUUAAAAGAAUUUUUUUUUAAAAACCUGCCGAACACAAUAGGAUGCAGAUUGGUGCCGUCGUCUUCCGCAGACUGUAUUUUAUGAACAUGCACAAUGUAAGGGCCACGAUCAUUGCAAUCAUAAUUAGUCCUGCCUAUUUGUGUGGGAGCGUGGGAAGGAGAAUUUACGUUAUCGGGAGUAGAAGAUGGUAAAUUAUUCAUGGGGACCUUUAUAAACUCAUCAUUACAAUGACAAUCAGUGUUUUUUAAUGCAUCAUUAUUAUGUUUCCUUUUCCUCUUAUUACAUUGCUUGCAUAUCCUAUGAAGAUAAUUUCGUUUUAAUUUUCGUUUGGAUACCGACGAACAGUCGGAAUCCAUUCCAGAUUCGUUAGAAAUUGUAACAAAUGCUCCCACAGGGGGCACUGUGCCCCCUGGGUCUGGCGGCUCGUUCAUAAAAGUAUUCAGAAAAAACUUACCCUACGUAGAAAAGAUAAAUAAUAAAUAUAGGAAUAACACUAAUCUAAAAUUCACAACUUAGAACUAUUCUGAUUACUAAUUACAAUAAAUCUACAAUUUAAUUUGAAAAAAAUUUAAAAACCGCGCCCGCCAAGUUCGAACGUUUCCCGCGCUUUUUCGAGAAAAUAUUAUAGUCGGAUUUUUAAUUAGACGAAGCUAGCUGACAGUAGCUAAUGUCACUUUGUGAAAUAAUGUUGCUAUAUUUAAAGUAAUAGUGAUGCGUUCAGUUCUCGUUCAAUCACAAAUGAACUAUGAGUGUGAAGAGUUAAUCAUUAAUUUCAAACUAUAAAAGAGUAUUAUUUAUAUUUUACAAUAAAAUUGUAUUAGAGUGCUCCAAUAUAUGUUGCUAGUAGUAUGUAACUACAAUCAGCUUUUUUAUUUUCAUUACCUACCUAUAAUUGUUAUAUUUUAUACAUCUAUAAUUUCAACUAUAUGAUGUAUUGGAAAUAUGACAGUCUUACAAGCUUCCUCGCAGUGUUUUUCUUAAUUAAAACACUCGGUAUUCAGUACAGCUAGAUACUAUAGGAACAUAAUAUUUCGUCGAAAAAUCAUUGGUAUGUACAAAGCACGCCUAAAAUUCGAACCCCGUACCCGAUAUCGGCAAUUCGGCACACCAACUGUUCACUAGACAAGUGAACAAUUUCAUUAAUUCAGGAGUUUUUUCAAUCGUUCACUUUGUCACAACACUAUUUUUAUUUCAUCAAAAACUGACAACACAGUAAACGUCAGUUGACUUCGUCUAAUAAAAAAUCCGACUAUACUUAUCUACUGUAUCUACAUUAUGUAGAUUUAUUCUCAAAACAUUCGAAAUAAUAAAUUUAAAUUCAUUUUAAGUGUAUCUUUCAUUAGACUAACGAUUUUGCAAAAUGUGGAGCGAUUCUCUCUUAAUAGUUUUCAUCUCUAUCUGCACUGCGUUCUUAGGAGAAGGCUUAACAUGGGUCUUAGUCUACAGAACGGAGAAAUAUCAAAAACUGAAAGUGGAAGUCGAACGACAGAGUAAAAAAUUAGAGAAACGUAAGGAAGCUCAUGGAGACUCACUAGACAGACAACAAAAGAAAAAAAUUGAAAGAGAAGAAGAGAGACUCAAAAACAAUAACAGAGACUUGUCUUUGGUGAAAAUGAAAUCAAUGUUUGCAAUUGGUUUUGCUUUUACUGCCUUGCUCAGCAUGUUUAAUAGUAUAUUUGAUGGCAGAGUAGUGGCUAAACUUCCAUUUUAUCCUAUUUCAUGGAUUCAAGGUCUGAGCCAUAGGAAUUUACCUGGUGAUGAUUACACAGAUUGUUCUUUCAUAUUUUUGUACAUUCUGUGUACAAUGAGCAUCAGACAAAACAUACAAAAGUUGCUUGGUUUUGCACCUUCUCGAGCUGCUUCAAAACAAGGUGGUGCUCUAUUUGCUGCACCUCAGACACAAUUCAAAUGAGGUUUUAAAUUAAAUAUCGAAUUUUUGUAGUUUUAAGUUAUAAUAAAUAGAUAUUAUCAUUGA